GUUUUGCCUGUCGCCUGGUCUUUGGGACAGCGUGUCACACAUCAUCUCUAUAGCCUCACCAACUGGGAAACUAACUCACCUGCAAUCCCUCCAACCAAAUAACCCCCCGACGUUUUGACUACUGCCAUCUGACAUGGAGACCCAGCAAAGACACGGACAACACUCACUUUGCCACACCUGCCGGAGAGCGGAGAGCAGCAGAAUGAAGGUCAAAAAGAUGUCUUCGUCCAGUCGUGCGCUGCUGUUUGCACUGGCCCUGACGCUCUACGUUGUGGAAAUGGCCUCGGCAGAGACGCUGUGUGGGGGGGAGCUGGUGGAUGCGCUGCAGUUUGUCUGUGAAGACAGAGGCUUCUAUUUCAGUAGGCCAACCAGCAGGGGUAGCAACCGGCGCCCCCAGAACCGUGGGAUCGUAGAGGAAUGUUGUUUCCGUAGCUGUGACCUCAACCUGCUGGAGCAGUACUGUGCCAAACCCGCCAAGUCCGAAAGGGACGUGUCGGCCACCUCUCUACAGGUCAUACCCGUGAUGCCCGCACUAAAACAGGAAGUCCCAAGGAAGCAGCAUGUGACCGUGAAGUAUUCCAAAUACGAGGUGUGGCAGAGGAAGGCGGCCCAGCGGCUCCGGAGGGGUGUCCCCGCCAUCCUGAGGGCCAAAAAGUUUCGGAGGCAGGCGGAGAAGAUCAAAGCACAGGAGCAGGUUAUCUUCCACAGGCCCCUGAUCAGCCUUCCCAGCAAACUGCCUCCCGUCUUGCUCACCACGGACAACUAUGUCAACCACAAAUGAGCCCGCUGCCAGCCCUUUGCACAGACAAGAGUUUGGAGGGAGAAAAAAAGACUAGGGGAUUAUAGCUUUGUCUCUGACGUCAUUUCUGUGGCAGUCCUCUUUGACCUCCCCUGCCCUGUCCGAGCCCACCAAUCCCUCCCCCUGCUCUCAUCCACUACUUCUUGACCUCCUGGCCCCCUUCUAAUGCCCCCCGUCAAACCCACCCACCCUCCUCCGGCACACAAACAUGCCUUCACAUUCUUCCUGUCUGAAGUCUUUCGCUCCCUCUCUCUUUCAGUCACUGACACAAAAGGCACAAACGCAAAUGACGAACAAAAAGUUAACAAUUUGGCUGAAUGCAAUUCAGGUGGAUCCUUAAGCAAAAGAGAAAAGGGAAGGGAGAAAAGAAGAUGAAAGAGAUCUGCGGUUUGCAAGUGUCAAGAGGACACCCUGCGGAAUGUUUUUUUUUUUUUAAUCCUUGUGGAAGACAACUGAACGUGAAGAACAGCUUGCAUGAAAGAAUCCAUUCCACACCAUUUUUCCUGAGGCAAAAAGAAAAUCUCUGUUAGUUCUUUUUCUUAUUAGUUUGCACCUCUACCUAUAAAGGGACUUCCACACUGUAAGGAAUUAUUUUGUAAAAUUAGAUUCCUGUUCCAGCACCUUUUGAUCACAAACAAAAAGCAGAAAAGAGUCUGCAAAAUUGCACAUUGCCACGGAUUACGUCAAAGUAAAGAAAAAAAUGGCACUAUUUUUUUAUGAACAAUGAACGUGUAGCUUAAAAAAAUGUCAUGGUGCUAGCUUUGGGAAUGGACUCAAAGAAGAGGUUGAAAAGCACGUUUUUUUUCUUUGAAUGAAUAUUAAAACUUUCCGUUUUAAGGAAAGUGUGACUUUAAAAAAAGAGGAAAAUAAAGGAUAUGGGGGAGCUCCUGGCAGUGGCAAUGUCAAGGGGGAAGUGUCACUGAGAAAAAGAUACGGGCUGUGUUUGCUAGGCUCUAGGCUCACAGCGAGUGCUAGCGGCUGCUCAUCACUAGCUUGCCAGCACAAGCGGCAAGGGGGACCUGAGACCCAGUCCCUGCUCCUCCCGUCCCUCUGAGGCUGCCGGACACAGGGAGCAGUGUGGGGACACAUAUGGGACACCGUGGACCGCCUGGAUUAGGACAGUACUACAGUUCUGGGACAGUACUUCCUGUUCGCCAUGGCUUUGCAGACUGCUCUGACAGGAAGUAACAUGGCAUGGACAAAGAGCGAGUGGGAUAAUGAUGAUUAUAUUUUAUUUUGUCUUUUUUCUGUUUUCUUUUCAUAUCAAUGUUUCAAUGAAAAAAAAAAGGAAAACCCCGUCAGUUUCUGGUACCGUGACAUUCCUGUUUUUCCAAGUUAGGCAUUUUUUUUGUUUCCAUGGUUAUUGUUAUGAUGUUAUUUUACAAUUCUAAAGAAAGGCACAAAAUUUCAAUUCAAAGGGAAAAAAACAGCAAUAAUGUCAACUAACAUUUUAUUUUUAUUGUAUAUCAGUAGUAUUCACAUGCUUUUGCCUGAAAACAAAUACUUGAAUAUAUAUAUAUAUACAUCUAUAUAUAUAUAUAUAUAUAUAUAUAUAUAUAAAUAUAAAUAUAAAUAUAGAUAUAUAAUUAGUUUCCAGGGACGUUGUGUUAUUUUCCUUUAGUCUGAGCUGUAUCUUGCGUAAUGAGCCGCCAAGCUUUUUUGUUUGUUUGUUGAAAUACAAAUAAGGGCACUGUAUAAAGGCAUUAUUUAUUUUGUUAUAAAAUAUAUUUGAAAAUUGGUCCAAAUAAUAUACGUAGCACUGAUGCUCAACUGACAGAUUUAUUUUGUAUGAUCUCUGUUUUCCAAUUGGAGUUGUAAGGCUUUUUUGUAGAUGCUUUGUACCAAAAAUAAUGUCUUUUUUUCCUUUUUUUUGUUUGCCAUAGUUACUUUAAAUUAAUAUUUUAACAGCAGCAUAGCCUGGAUUGCUUAGGCAUGUUAUGUCACAGAAAUAGGCACAUACUCUGAAUACGUUGGUCUGCAUGGAUUUCCAGAAGCCUGUCAGGGUUGUCUGUGAAAAGGAAAGCAUCAAUGAGUGACUUUUAUUAUUGGAAAAAAAAACAACUGUUCAACAUUGAUUGUACUCAAACCCACUAUGUUUUUGAAGCCACUUUAGUAUUGAUGGCGGGGGAAAUGAUCAGUCCUUCAUUAAAUCAUGUCUUUGUAAUUGUG